GAAAAAGGGGAAGGAAAAAGGGGAAAGAAAGGGGAAGGAAGCUCGGCGUUCCUGAAAAACCGGGCAGGCCAGGGACUGAGGGAAAGGAACGCACCAGCCCCCAGAUACCAUUUUGUCUUGGCUUGGGCUUGAUCUUCCCCCCCCCGAUUUUCACUUUAAAGUGCUCAGCGAUCACCGGCAUCAGCCGCAGAAACCACCCCUCGCCCCAGCCGCGCACAGAACCCCGUGUCCUGCUGUCCCCGCUCACGCUACCUUGUAAUAAUUGGUCUGGAGACUUCCACCAGCUGAGGGAUGGAGGGGCCUCUGGAGUUGGCUUUGUAAUUCAGGAAGGUUUUCUCCAAGCAAGUUGGAUGAAGGUGUAACUGCUACUGAAGGAGGAUUUUGAAGGAGGUCUGAUGACAACAAAAGCCAACUCUCCUGUGACAGCAGGAUCUAUAGUUGUCCCUUACGGGCAUGUGAUUGGAAAUGAGAAGUGGAGAGGCUCAGAGCUAGCCCAAAGGCUACAAGGGAAAGUUAGACUCAUCUUUGAAGAUGCCUUGGGACUGGUGGACUUUCAUCUUCCAAACAGAACUUGCAUUUUACUUAUUUCUGAAGCAGAUUUGGUUGCAGGGGAUGAAUUCAAACGAAGAUUGGUUAGGUUUAGAAAUGCCAGCAGUCUUAGGGGAAUUGUGAUCGUAGAGAAAACCCCAAUCAGUGAUCAGUACUACCUAGGAGUACAAAAACUUGUUGUACUCGAACUUGGGAUGGUGUUGCUUCCGGUGGCAAAUCAAGGAGAAGCUUCUCAGCUUAUUAUUCAACUAGUGCGGGAGCAGAGCAGGGAUCGCGGCGCCAACCCCUUCCUGGGCAGGCAGCGCGCUGGGCCGGCAGAGCCCGCGGUGCUGCAGGCGCUGCAGCACAUCCCCGGCGUCGGGAAAACAAAAGCUCUGCUCUUACUGCAGCGCUUUGGAAGCAUCCAUCGCCUUUGUAACGCAGACAUCCGUGAGCUUGAGCAAGCAGUCGGACAAACAGUAGCACAACAAAUUUAUACUUUUUUACAUUCCUGACGUGCACGUGCAGUGCUGUUUUGCAAAACAAAAACUUGGGAUUUUCCUUCUGAAUUGUAACAUUUUGGUUUUAAUAAUGACGUAUUAUGCUGAUUUCUGUAAUCAUGGCUAGCAGCAACGGGACUCUGAUGCUUCUUUUUUACAUCUGCCCUGUUCGUAUAGAUUAAGCUGUGCAGAUUGCCUUGGAAAGAAGUCUGUAUUUUGUAUCUGUCUGGAACAAAUAAAAACCAAGAAAGCUGUCUUUUUCAGCAUCAGUGUUAAAAAA